UGUUAAGCAAUGGCUGACAGCACGGAAGAAACAAUAGCAGGAUCCAAACAAGAGGGAGUUUACAACUAUCGGGAGAGGAUUGAAUGUUCCCCAGAGGAAGAGGCAAAAUUAGAGAGAAAGCAUUUCUGGAAUGUCAUCAAUGCGUUUAAAUAUUACAGAAUUCACGUACAUGAACGAGUGAAUCGAGCAGAGAGGCAGUUCCGAUGCAUUCCACAUCACCACCAGCUACUUUUAACAAGCUUCCUUCCCAACCUGACUAAGAUCCGUAACUGUGUUGAUCGCAACCAGGAGGUGCUACAGGCCAUAGUGAACAACUGCAUCCAUAUGUUUGAGAACAUGGAAUAUGGAGAGGAUGGUAACCCAAGGAAAGUACUGCCGUCCUCGACUUUUGACAUGGACAAGCUGAAAUCUACUAUAAAGCAGUUUGUCCGUGACUGGAGCGAAGGAGGAAAGGCUGAAAGGGACAGCUGCUAUAAACCUAUAAUAGAGGAGAUUCAGAUACUUUUUCCUUCUGACCAGUGUGAUGUGUCCAAAGUCAGAGUGUUAGUGCCGGGGGCAGGUCUGGGUCGCCUGGCAUGGGAAAUCGCUCAUCUGGGUUAUUCAUGCCAAGGAAACGAGUGGAGCUUCUUUAUGCUUUUCUCUUCUAAUUUUGUUCUGAAUAGGUGUGAUGGGGAGAAUUCUUGGACUGUGUAUCCCUGGAUUCACCAGUUCAGUAAUAACAAAAUGGCCUCAGAUCAGACAAGACCUGUGACUUUUCCAGAUGUCAAUCCCCAGAGUCUUCCAGAAGACUCAGACUUCUCUAUGGUCGCUGGAGACUUUCAGGAAGUAUACAGUGAUCCAAAUAUUUGGGAUUGUGUUGCUACUUGUUUCUUCAUUGACACCGCCCACAACGUUCUUGAUUACAUUGAAAACAUCUGGAAUAUUCUAAAACCUGGUGGCGUCUGGAUCAAUCUGGGUCCGCUUCUAUACCACUAUGAGAAUAUGGCCAAUGAAUUGUCCAUUGAGCUAAGCUAUGAGGACAUAAAGGCUGUCAUUUUAAAAUAUGGGUUCGUCCUGGAGUUGGAAAAAGAUACUGUUUCCAGCACAUACACAGAGAACGAUCGCUCCAUGCUCAAGUACCUUUAUGACAGUGUCUUUUUUGUUGUACGGAAGCCUGCAGAUCAGUUGAUCAGUUGAUCAAUGGAGGCCAGACACCUGAAGAUGACCAGUUUGUGAAUUCUUUACAGACAGGAAACACAGAGGAAACUACAUCAUGACAAUGGGAAGACUGGAGCUCUGGAGAAAUUGCAGUCAAUCGGCUGCAAAAAAUAAACCCAACAAUAAACCUAUGGUUUUUUUAAUUCAUGAAUGCCAGCAUUAUAGAAAAUACCUGGUAAUUGGAGAACACGACUGGCACUUUAUGUGCUGAAUUAUUUCAGACAUUUACCCAAAUAUGUGUAUGACAUGUUGUAGUGCCUCACUUUACAUUUAUAUUCUCAGGUUUUGGGUGCUGCUUCACAUCAUGCAAAUGACACUUCUCACACAGUAUAAAUACAUUUCAGUGAUUUUCUGGCAUUUGUUUACAUUAUUGCAAUUUUAUUUGCCUAGAAAAUUAUCAGUUUUACUGAGUCUGAGGCCAACUACUUGUCACAAUGACUCCAGCCUCUCAGAGGGACUUUGCUUGCCAUAAGAACUGUAACAAUUGGCAGCACUGAAAUAAGUUGUUUUAAACUUUACAGAUUUUAAAUAAUUAAAUUAUGUGCAUAUUCUGUUAUAAAAUUGUUUACCAUCACGGGGAAAACUAAACAUUAUUUUAUAAACUUGACAUUUUUUUUUUUCUUUGACUACAUUUCUUUAAAAAGACAUGGUACACAUCAACUUUUUGUAUCCAGGCAUUUAUAUAUAUAUAUAUAUAUAUAUAUACACUCACCUAAAGGAUUAUUAGGAACACCAUACUAAUACUGUUUUUGACCCCCUUUGCCUUCAGAACUGCCUUAAUUCUACGUGGCAUUGAUUCAACAAGGUGCUGAAAGCAUUCUUUAGAAAUGUUGGCCCAUAUUGAUAGGAUAGCAUCUUGCAGUUGAUGGAGAUUUGUGGGAUGCACAUCCAGGGCACGAAGCUCCCGUUCCACCACAUCCCAAAGAUGCCCUAUUGGGUUGAGAUCUGGUGACUGUGGGGGCCAUUUUAGUUCAGUGAACUCAUUGUCAUGUUCAAGAAACCAAUUUGAAAUGAUUCGAGCUUUGUGACAUUGUGCAUUAUCCUGCUGGAAGUAGCCAUCAGAGGAUGGGUACAUGGUGGCCAUAAAGGGAUGGACAUGGUCUGAAACAAUGCUCAGGUAGGCCGUGGCAUUUAAACGAUGCCCAGUUGGCACUAAGGGGCCUAAAGUGUGCCAAGAAAACAUCCCCCACACCAUUACACCACCACCACAAGCCUGCACAGUGGUAACAAGGCAUGAUGGAUCCAUGUUCUCAUUCGGUUUACGCCAAAUUCUGACUCUACCAUCUGAAUGUCUCAACAUAAAUCGAGACUCGUCAGACCAGGCAACAUUUUUCCAGUCUUCAACUGUCCAAUUUUGGUGAGCUCUUGCAAAUUGUAGCCUCUUUUUCCUAUUUGUAGUGGAGAUGAGUGGUACCCGGUGGGGUCUUCUGCUGUUGUAGCCCAUCUGCCUCAAGGUUGUGCAUGUUGUGGCUUCACAAAUGCUUUGCUGCAUACCUCGGUUGUAACGAGUGGUUAUUUCAGGCAAAGUUGCUCUUCUAUCAGCUUGAAUUAGUCGGCCCAUUCUCCUCUGACCUCUAGCAUCAACAAGGCAUUUUCGCCCACAGGACUGCCGCAUACUGGAUGUUUUUCCCUUUUCACACCAUUCUUUGUAAACCCUAGAAAUGGUUGUGCGUGAAAAUCCCAGUAACUGAGCAGAUUGUGAAAUACUCAGACCGGCCCGUCUGGCACCAACAACCAUGCCACGCUCAAAAUUGCUUAAAUCACCUUUCUUUCCCAUUCUGACAUUCAGU